AUGUUAUCAGAUGAUAUAGAAAAAUUAAUUGAAGAGAAACGGCGGGAAUUAGAAAAUGAAAAAGCUGUCUUAGGGUUAUCUCAGGAAAAGGAUCUCUUAAACAGCAAGAACGAGGAAAACAAUGAAAACAUAGAAGCACCACACAGUGUGAAGUUCAGCAGAAGGAGAGCUCUGUCAGAAAACAAUGAAACAACUCACGAGGAAAGUGAAGAAAAAGAUAUUUCUCCUGACUUAGAGAGAUACAUACGGCGCUACCUCGGUCUUCCAGUUAUGUUAAAGGCAGGUGAGUAUUCACCCAACAACCCGCUGAUACGAGGGGAGCGGUCAACCGGCGAUGUUCUUCUUGGGUUGGGGGAGUAUGAGCGACGGAGGAAUACGCUGCGCAAGAUACGACAGAGGCAGUAUAAGGAGUAUCUUGAUGAGCAAGCGAAAAUAAAACAAGAAGAGCGAGAAAAGGCAGAACGCGAGAAAAAGGAGAGAGAAGAAAAAGAAAGACUGGCUGAAGAAAGAGAAAGAGAGCGCGAACGGCUGGAGUUGGAGAGAGACAGAUAUAGUCCAGAAAGACGACGAGCCAGCUUCACUUGCAGCAAUGUUUCUGGUGCUAAUAAUGCGUAUAAUAGUAAAGUGGAUACAGCAGUUCAAGUAGACAGACAUACGCCGCUGUCCGUUGCAGUGCAGACGGAUGACAAUGAUUUAUUUCCCACAAGAACAGGAAUAUCGCUACCCUCAAAACAUCUCCUAACACAAGCGGAAAGAGAGUUGUCCCCUCGCACAGUAGACGUCAAACCGGCCACUUGGCAUUGGUCGAGUAACCAUGAAGAUAGAGGCCGGAGAAGAAGGAGCUACGGCGAUUUUGAUGCUCGGACGUCGUCAAAAACAGACAAACAGACAUAUAGACCGUCAAUAUUGGAUGCCGAUGUUAUAUCAUUGAGGAACUUACAAGCUGAAAAGGAGGCUGCAGCGCGACGUCAGUUCUAUCAGCAAGAGUUACGUAAUCAAAUAGAAGAACAGCAAAGAAUAAGAGAAGAGAGGAGGAAUAGAGAAAAAAUGUUGGAACAAGCCGAAAUGAGGCGUCUCGAACAACAACUUCGUUCGUUGAAAAUGGCACAAGAAAGCGAAAUUGAUAGACAUAGAGAUAUCAAUAGUAAGAUGCAGAGAAAUUCAGCGGAAUAUGAAAUGCAGAGGACAUCACUACAGAAGGAAAUAGACGAAGAAAGAUCUCAAAUGAAACGUAACACGGAUACAAAUAGUUAUUUUGAAAAGCCUUACACCGUCAAUGUACCAGAUACGGCAAUAUUUUCACCGAAUUACGAUCUCGAAAAUUACUUAAGAAAAAAUCUUAAUCCAACCAAAGAGAGCCUCCAUCUAGGUAAUAAAAGACAUGAGAAGUGGAAGAAAAGUGAAAAUUGGUAUGAGGAAACACCGUACCGUCAAGAAGUUUAUAAUUAUAAAGAUCACAAUGAAAACAGGCAAAAAGCAGAUGAAAAAAUUAAAAGCUACAGAGGGACCGAAAGUGAGAAAUAUAGGGUAGAUACUAAUAGAUAUAGGCAAGAUAGUUAUAAAAGCGAAUUCGAUACUUUGCCCAUACCAGUUUUACGGCAUUCGCCAAAACACAAAGUGGAAAAGGAGGAAAAGUGUGAGAAAAACGAAUUAAGCGAGGAGAUGCAGCUUGUAGAUGACAAGUGGAAGGUACCCGCAGUUCAAAAGAAUAUUUUGAAAAAUUUAAAAAGUGAGGGUAGGAAUAUAAAUAUUUUGACCCAAUUGGGUUCCAUACGACGCCAACUUCAACUGGAACAAAUGAAGUUAGAUAAAAUUAAACAAACCGACUUUUAG